CUCCAGGCCCAGAGAGGGUGGGGGCCUGCCCAGGGUUGCACAGCCACCCCCCACCACGGGCCCUUUUUCUGGCCCUCGGCUCCCUGCUGCCUCACAGUGGCCCCACACAGGCCCUUCCAAACCCUUCCAAGGGGUCAGAAGCAGGGCCGGGGGCUACGGACACAGACACCCUCCCAAGUUAGGCGGCAUCGUCCCCAUCCCCACCCAGAAAGGAGCUGCCCCCCGUCCCUCAGAAGCCUCUGGGAGGGACUGUUGGGUCUGUCCUGGGCAGUGGGGCCAGGACAGGGAGAGAGAAGAGAAUCUGCUGAGAGGACACUCAGAGACCUCCUCCUUCUCUGGGGCAAAGUCUCCCAGGCACAUGGCGAUUGGUGGGCAGCAACCAGACCAGGGUGCUGUGGGCCAGCAGGGCCCCUGGGGUGACCAGGCCCAAGGGGGAGGGGGAGAUGCCUGCCCCAACAGGGGCAGCAGGAGGGGGGCUGAGCCUGAGAGGCCCCCACCAGCCCCAGGGCAGUGGGGUAAUUCUCCUGUGAACAGAUGGGCAGGUCAUGUGUGCGCCCAGCAGAUCUUUGACCGGCCGUUGCUCCCGCCCUGUGUCUCCUCCCCGCAGGUGCCCCCUCACUACCCUCACAGCCAGGACCAGCGAGGGAUCCGGGGAGCCAGGGCCACCUCGACUCUGCCCCCGAAACUGGACUGGGCUCGCCUGACAACUGCUGGAGGUCACUGUAGCCAUCCCCCUGUAGCUGGAGGAAGUGGGAAGUCUCCAAGGCCAGCGGGGAUCCAGGCUUGGGCCUGGGUCUGUCCCUGCCAGAAAUCUAUGCCGAAUUCCCUCACGGGUGGCCAGGUCGCCCCCCUCACUCUGGACACAGUUGGCCUGGUGGACCGGAGUCUAGGAAAUGCAGGGACCUCCGGUUCUGCCCCAGUCUUGGAAGAGGGGGAGGUGGACCCCUGGGCCCUCCCUCAGCUGAAGGACACUGGCCAGUCCUGGAAAGAGCUCAGCGUGGCCGGAAGGGUGCUCCGCGUGGUCGUCGGCUUUCUCAAGGCUUGUGGGCUCCUGGGCAACCUUUAUCUUUUCAUCUGCUCCCUGGACAUCCUCAGCUCAGCCUUCCAGCUGCUGAGCAGCAGAAUAACCGGAGACAUCUUUAAGGACAACGUGGUGCUGUCCAACCCCGUGGCAGGACUGGUCAUUGGCGUGCUGGUCACAGUGCUGGUCCAGAGCUCCAGCACGUCCUCCUCCAUCGUGGUCAGCAUGGUGGCUUCCAAAUUGCUGACCGUCCAGGCAUGCGUGCCCAUCAUCAUGGGCGUCAACGUGGGCACGUCCAUCACCAGCACCCUCGUCUCGAUGGCACAGUCAGGGGACCGGGAUGAGUUUCGGAGGGCCUUCGGAGGCUCGGCCGUUCACGGCAUCUUCAACUGGCUCACGGUGCUGAUCCUGCUGCCACUGGAGAGCGCCACGGCCCUGCUGGAGAGGCUCAGCGGGCUGGCUCUGGGCGCAGGCAGCCUGCAGCCCGGGGGGCAGGCCCCCGACAUCCUCAAGGUGCUAACAAAGCCUCUCACACACCUCAUUGUGCAGCUGGACACUGAUAUGAUCACAAGCAGUGCCACAGGCAACGCCACCAACGGCAGCAUCAUCAAGCGAUGGUGCGGUACCAGGGAGCUGACGAUUUCAGGGAACAGCAGCGACUGUGGACCCACUGCCUCCGGCCCCUGUCCUGAGAGCAAUAGCUCUGUGGUGGUGGAGCAGCUGCCCUGCCACCACCUGUUUGUGGGGACUGCACUCACGGACCUGGCCGUGGGCUUCAUCUUGCUGGCUGCCUCCCUCCUCCUGCUCUGCACCUGCCUCGUGCUCAUCGUCAAGCUGCUCAAUUCUGUGCUGCGCGGCCGCGUGGCCCAGGCCGUGAGGAAGGUCAUCAACGCGGACAUCCCCUUCCCGUUCGGCUGGGUCAGCGGCUACCUGGCCAUCCUCGUGGGCACCGGCCUGACCUUCGUGCUCCAGAGCAGCAGCGUCUUCACCGCAGCCAUCGUACCGCUCAUGGGGGUCGGGGUGAUCAGCCUGGAGCGGGCGUACCCUCUCUUCCUGGGCUCCAACAUUGGCACCACCACCACAGCCCUGCUGGCCGCCCUGGCCAGCCCCGCGGACAUGCUGCUCAGUGCCCUCCAGCCUCUGGCUAGGUGCUCCGAGAGGGGCAGCUCCUGAAGGUCCAGAUCCUGCUGGGCUUCUGCCCACAAGCCCUCCCUACCAUCCUCCUGCAUUUUUGCUUCUGCUCUGUCCACUCAGACCCUCUUGGUGCAGGGCCCUGGUCCACCCCCUCCAGGAAGCCCUCUGGUGCACCUUCCACAUUGACUCCUCAAAGCCGGCAGCCCCUGGCAGGAGCUCUGUUCCCUGCAAGUGUGCCCCUGCACCUCCUCCCCACAGGAGCCCGCCCAGAGCCCUGGGCUGGGUGGCCAAGCCCACUCAUGGAUAAGCAGAAGCGGGGGCACUAGGCAUGAGAUGCAGGCAAGCUAAGCCGGCCCAGGGGAGGAGCAGACGCCGUCAUUAGUGAUGUGCUUCCCCCACUAGAAGGCUAGACUGGGCUCCCAAACGCUAGGUGUGCUGGGGGGAGUGGGGCAGAACUGGAAGGCAUACCCAUGUCUGGUGGGAUUCUACCCUCCGAGGCGGCCCGUCGAGGCCAACAAGCAGACCUCCAACAGGCUUCAGACUUAGUACCCUCUGGCUGGGGUGGGGGGUGGGGAGGAGGAGCAGGGGUCUUGGGUAGCCUCCAGGGGACCUGCGUGCCAUGGGUCCCAGGUUCCUGAGCCCCGCCUGCCCCCUGGACCUCCAGGUGGC